AUGGGGCGUGGCUUGCCGGCAGGUGGCGUGGCGCUGCGCGACGUGCGCGUGUCGGUGCCGGCGGCCAUCCAGCGGGGCACGGCGGCCGUGCUGCGCUGCCGCUACGACCUGGAGGGCGACGCGCUCUACUCCGUCAAGUGGUACAAGGGCCGGCGCGAGUUCUUCCGCUACACGCCGCGCGAGAACCCCGCCAUCAAGGUCUUCCCCUUCACCGGGCUCACCGUAGACAAGAGCCGCAGCAACGCGACGCAGAUCACGCUGCCGCGGGUCGACGUGGGGCUGAGCGGCCGCUACAGCUGCGAGGUGUCGGCCGACGCGCCCUCCUUCCACACCCACCUCGUCUCCGGCGACAUGGCCGUCGUCGAGGUGCCAGACGACGUGCCGAGCAUCUCUGGCGUGAAGCCGCGGUACCGCACGGGCGACACGCUCAACGCCACGUGUUCCAGCACGUGGUCCCGCCCGGCCGCCACUCUGCUGUGGAUCGUCAACGAAGAGCCAGCGCAGGAGCAGCAGCUGAGGCCGUACCCGGCGGAGGUGGAGCCCGGAGGCGGCGGGCGGGAGCGUGCGCGCCUGGGGCUGGUGCUGCCCCUGGAGGCGGCGGGCCGGUACCGCGUGCGCUGCGUGGCGCGGCUGGACCCCGUCUACUUCAAGAGCGCCGAGACCAGCGUGGAGGCCACGGAGCGGGCGCCUCCGCCGCUGCAGCUGGCGCCGCCGCCGCCGACGCGCCUCAGCUGGGGGCUGCUCGACGACGAGUACUCGCACAGUGAGUACACCCGGCAGCCUGACCCCAGGCGCCGCACGCACAGCCAGUAUGCAGGCACCCACCCCACAGAAAGUGCACCCUACCACAUCCCCCCAGGCACUACAUGCACAGUGUAUAUGCCACUCACUGAUGCCCCAGGCGCUACACCCACAGUGAGUACACCCUACACCUGUCCCACGUGCUACAUGCACGUUGUGUACCCCUCACACCUGUUCCGCCAGGUACAACAUGCACAAUGA